AUGUCUGGGAACACUCCAAAUUCCUGGGAAGACGCUGCAGGCGAUGACAAUGACCUCGCCAGACAAACACAAGAGCAACUGAACAUUCAGCAACAGCAGCAGCAACGCCAACAACAGCCACAACAACAGUUUAGGCCGUCGUACAACGCCCCGUCGUUCUCGCCCGGUGCGGCUACAUUCACUCCCGGUGCGGCCUCUUUUAUACCAGGUGGUGCAUACGGUGGUCAACAACAACCAUACGGAUACAGCCAGCAAAACCAACAGUAUUCUCAGUAUGGGCAAUACGGCGCACAGCAGGGAUAUGACCAAUACGCGCAGUACGGCGCAUACAAUACUGGGUAUGGACAGCAGCAAGCGGCCUAUGGACAGCAGCCAGGCCAGUUUUAUAACCAGCAGCCACAGCAACAGCAGCAAGCAUAUCGUCCUCCUCAUAUUCAAAGGCAGCAGCAACAGCAGCAAGUACCUCAGAUCGCUAGAAACCCCAACUCUGGGGCCAGCACCCCUGGAACUAGUACCCCCGUACCUACGGCUCCCAAAUCCGCUGCGACUCCGGCCGCUGCUGCUGCUCCAACUGCGCCAAAGGUUUUGAAGAUUGGAGGAGGCGAACCUCUGGGUGCCAAGGUUCUUACAAUUGGGGGUGCCGCGACUCCUCCGGCAGCUAAGAAGGACGCCCCUGUUGCUUCUACUAAGGAAGCUCCGGCAACCAAGGAACCUGAAGCUAAGGCCGCUCCAAGCAAAUCAACAACUACUACCCCCGCUGCAGCCCCAAAGUCUUCAGCCACCGUCACGGCAGCAGCGGCAGAGGCAGAGGCCGCGGCACAGAAGAGAGAAGCGGAUGCCGUCGCGAAGGAGCAGGAGGAAGAGGUUGAUGAAAUGACCCUCGAGGAGCUUUACGGAAAGGAACACGUAAACCUUAUCUUCAUCGGACACGUCGAUGCAGGAAAGUCUUCACUUGGUGGUGCCAUUCUCUAUGCCACAGGAAUGGUUGACGAGCGCACAAUGGAUAAAUACAAGCGUGAUGCUAAAGAGCAAGGUCGUGAAUCAUGGUAUCUUUCAUGGGCACUUGACUUGACAAAAGAAGAGCGCUCCAAAGGAAAGACAGUUGAGGUUGGUCGUGCAUAUUUCGAAACAGAAAAGCGACGAUAUACUAUUCUUGAUGCCCCUGGACACAAAACCUUCGUACCUAGCAUGAUUGGAGGUGCUUCACAGGCAGAUGUUGGAAUUUUAGUCAUCUCGGCGAGAAAGGGAGAAUAUGAGACCGGUUUUGAGAAAGGAGGCCAGACUAGAGAGCACGCUGUGCUUGCAAAAACUCAGGGUGUUAACAAAUUAAUUGUCGUGGUGAACAAGAUGGAUGACCCCACUGUGGAAUGGAGCAAGGAUCGUUUUACCGAGUGUACAACAAAACUGACACAGUUUUUGAAAGGCACAGGCUAUAAUCCUAAGACAGAUCUAUUUUUUAUGCCUUUGUCGGCAUUAACUGGCGCUGGUCUGAACACCAGAGUACCAAAGGAGCUUUGCCCGUGGUACGACGGGCCUUCGCUCCUUGAAUAUCUGGACAAUAUGAAGACCCUGGAACGUAAGCUCAAGGCGCCGUUUAUGAUGCCAAUUUCCAGCAAAUACAAGGAUAUGGGAACUGUGAUCGAAGGCAAAGUUGAGUCAGGAUUCGUCAGGAAGGGUGGGAACCUUCUUAUGAUGCCCGGCCGCACGCCUAUUGAGGUUAUUGCGAUCUAUUCCGAAACGGAAGAGGAGAUUAACCAUGCCCAAUGCGGAGACCAAGUUCGUAUACGUGUCAAAGGUGUUGAAGAAGAAGAUGUGACUACCGGUUUCGUGUUGACCUCUGCGAAAAAACCCAUUCAUUGUGUUACCGCUUUCGAGGCUCAGAUUCACAUUCUCGAUCUUAAGAAUAUCUUGACCGCUGGAUUCGGAUGUGUCAUGCAUGUGCAUACUACUAUUCAGGAAGUUGUUUUCACACAGCUGCUGCAUAAGCUAGAGAAAGGAACUGGAAGGAAGUCUAAGAAGCCGCCUGCCUUUGCUAGUAAAGGACAAGCAAUCAUUGCCCGUCUCGAGGCAGCUAGCGGCGAUUCCUUUGCUAUCGAAACAUACGAAGAUUAUCAGCAGCUAGGGCGUUUCACCCUCCGUGAGCAGGGACAAACAAUUGCUAUCGGAAAGGUCACAAAGCUAAUCCUAGAGUAA